GUAUCCCCCACUGAAUUUCUCUGCCAUUGCCCAGCCCUCUUUUGGGGGGUUGGCCUACGUUACAUUCUUCUGACAUUUUACUUCGAGAGAGGAAAAGUAAAGAAAGGGGCAUCGGCCGAACAAGUUGAACCACUCAGUGGAAGAGGGAUUGCAGAUAAGAAGAAACUGAAGGACUUCCCAUAGGCGUGAGGGAAAUUGCAUACGCCAUCCGGAGAAGGGGGCCAGGAAAUGGCUUCUUGUUUUCCAGACAGCUCCUGAGCUCUCUUUGAUGGCACUGUGAAAGCUGGAGGACUGGCUGCACAGCCAGGGGAGACACCCAGUUGAAAACUGGUCUUUUGCUGGAGGAGCGUUUUACUGCUGAAAGGUGUAGUCAUGAGCCCUACCAGAUAUUCCUAUUGUCAGUGAUUUCCUCUGGGCAGGAAGCAAAGCAAAUAGACAUCUUAGUCGAAAAGAGGACUUUGACCAACACCAGUGGAGAUUAAGAAACUCAUUUGUCCCAGCGACAGUGUUGGACAGGCCAUACAACAAACCUGAAGACAUGAAUUCCCCAGGGAAAUCAAUUUUCUGUUUUGUGUUCCUGAUCGUGACUUACUCUUCUCAAGCUUCACUGAACUUGAAUCUUGGCUCCAUUGUCCAUUCCUCGAUCCACCAAGGCCAUGGACUAGAAGGAGAGAACUAUAAGGAAGAGUCACUAAGACACAAACGAGCUGUGGCCACAAGCAGUCCUGCACCUGAAGAAUAUGAUAUUGAGAUUGAAAUAAGUUUUGAAAACGCAUCACUUUUGGAGCCUUUCAAAGCUUACUUACAAAACCUCAGUUUUCCAAUCCAAGUGAUAAAUGACAACCUGAGCACUGACAUUUUAAGCAUGAAAGUUACAACAGUAUGCAGGCCCAAUGGGAAUGAGACUGUUUGUUCUUGUGAAAGUGGAUAUAAGUGGCUCCCGGAAGUGUGCCUUCCUAACCUCACUUGUCAAAGCUAUCACAGCUCAGCCCCAGAAGACUGUAGCUGCCUCAAGGAAAUGCCUGCCAAGGGACCCUAUUGUCAGGAAGUCAUUCUGAAAGAUAUUACACUAAGGAUGUCAGUCAGACUCAAGAUGGACUUUCAGGAAGAUCUCAAGAACUCCUCCUCUGCCCUGUAUAGGUCGUACAAAACAGAUUUGGAAAGAGCGUUCUGGAAAGGUUACAGUAUUUUACCAGGCUUCAAAUCAGUGCUGAUUACAGGCUUCAGGCCUGGAAGUAUUGUUGUUAUCUACAAUAUCCAGGCAACAAAACCAACACCAACGCAAAUGAAUGAAGCAAAUGAUCGAGUCAAGACACUGAUCAAUUCAACGUAUAGAGUGGACCUCUCCUUUGAUGCAGCUACUGAGAAUGAAACAAAGUUCUCCGUUGUCCCAGAAAUCAUCUAUGAAGGGGAUACAGUGACGGUGAAGUGUGAAAAUGAAGUGCAAUCAACAAAUGUAACCUGGCGCCAUUUUGAAAGGGCCACAGACAUUCAGAACAGCAGUAGAUUCUCCAUUUACACUUAUCUGAGUCACCAAAUGUCAAUAUCAACCCUCACUAUUAGUAAUAUUUCUCUGACUGAUGCUGGAGAAUAUGUUUGUACUCUAACAUAUGACAUUUUUGACUAUGAGGGCCGGAAAAAAAUCAAUGUGAUUUCCACAGAAAUUGAAGCAUCAGAAGACCUGAAGGUGAUGUGUGACAACAAUCUAUCUUUGAGUUGUUGCACUAGGAAAGAUUUUAAUUUGAGUAAUAUUGAAUGGAAUCAGGAGGGACUAAUCAGCAUUCCAGGAAUCAGCUCCUCAGAUUCCAGGUGCAGUAAACAUACCAUCAAGGCUGAUGGAACUCAGUGUCUAAGUGGCUCAGCUGGAACGGAGGUAUUUUACAUAUGUGGGUUCCACAGUGGCCAUGGAGCCAACAGCAGCAGGAAGAUAAAAGUCACAUUUACAUCUGUGGCCAAUCUGACGGUAACUCCAGACCUGAUUGCUAUUUCUGAAGGACAGAAUUUCUCCAUAAGAUGCAUCAGCGAUGUGAGUAGCUAUGACUCAGUCUUCUGGAACACCUCAGCUGGAUCCAAAAUAAGCCCAAAGUUUUAUGUCACCAAGAGAUAUCCCGACAGAGCUGAAUCAGUGCUUAUGGUAGAGACUGCAACAAGAGAAUGGAACGGUGUUUAUCACUGCAUAUUUAGGUAUAAGAGCUCCUACAGCAUAGCCACAAAGGACGUUACCGUUUAUCCAUUGCCGCUGAAGCAUGACAUCCUGCUUGAUCCCUUGGAAGCUGAUGUUCCCUGUGGGGGCGUCUGUCACUUACAGUGCUGCAUAAAUGAGGCUGUAGACUACAGAGUAACUUUCCAAAUUAAUGGCUUGUCCUUUCCCGCUGUAAAAGAAGCUCAAGAAAAUCGAGCCUGCUAUAAAUACAGUUUAAUGGCAAACACAACUGCUUGGUGCUCGGAAACAGUUCAGGUAUCUUGUAUCUUCGUCAACUCAGUCAACAAAUCAGUCCAGAGUGCACUGGUCCCUCUUCACCUCAUUCCCGAGGAGAAUAUCACAUGCCAAGAUCCCAUCAUAGGCAAUGGCAAGCCAGGGAAAAUGAUUCACAAAUUGUGCCAGUUUUCAAACAUCCAUAACAAGUUGGACCAUGGAGUGGGUGGAAUCAUCACUUACAUAUGCGAAGACUCCAAAUGGAAAGUAAAGAACAACAAUUGCAUCUCUGCACCAAUCAAUUAUCUGCUUGGCAUGACAAAGACUCUGGUUAUGGGCCCUGAACAAGAAGAGAAGUUGUUACCAUACCUUCAGAAUCUGUCCAGUAGUACUGGGAAGGUGCAAAAUGAGAUCAAAUCAUCACCUGGAAACCUGAAAGCCAUCAUUACCAUCCUGGAAUUGCUGUCCACAGUCCCAACCCAAGUGAAUAUGGAUAUGAUGACACAUGUGCUCUCUACCAUCAAUGUCAUUCUUGACAAGUCCAUGCUGAGCACCUGGCAAGUUCUGUAUCAGCAGCAGGCCAAUGAGAGCUCUCGGCUGCUGGAGUCUGUGGAGAGAUUCUCCAGAGCGCUGCACGAGACAGUCAGUGUCGCUCCUUUCAUUGUGCACCCCAACGUGCAAAUGAAGGGCCUCAUGACUACAGCCACACACAUGAGCAACUAUGACCAGCACUUUCUCUUUCCCGAUUCCAAUCUCUGGGGCCAGGUAGUCAUUGACAGGCAUCAGAUAGAAAGCCUGGAGCCAAAUUCAUCCAUCAUCACACUGGCAUACCCAACUCUAAAAGCUAUCCUGCCCCAGAGUGUCCAGGACAGGAAAUUCGUGAAUGGUUUGGUGAUGACAACCACCGUGAGCCACGGUGUGACAAAACAAUUCAAGAUUUCAAUGAAGUUCAAGAAAAAUGACCUGUCAUUGGUGGCACCCCAGUGUGUCUUCUGGAACUAUCACCUCUCCAACCGCACGGGGGGAUGGGACGACAGUGGGUGUUUUGUUGAGCAAAUGAAAGAGGACAGUGUCUUCUGCACCUGUGAUCAUUUAACCUCAUUUUCCAUCCUAAUGUCCCCUGAUGCUCCUGACCCCAACUCCCUCCUAAAAAUACUGCUGGAUAUUAUUUCUUAUAUCGGCCUAGGCUUUUCCAUCUUGAGUCUAGCAGCCUGUCUCGUUGUUGAAGCUUUUGUCUGGAAAUCAGUGACCAAAAACCGCACCUCUUACAUGCGCCAUGUUUGUAUCGUAAACAUUGCGGCCUCCCUCCUGAUUGCUGACUCCUGGUUCAUUGUAUCUGCUGCCAUUCAUGACCAGCACUACCUAUUCAGUGAAACAGCUUGUGUGGCUGCCACCUUCUUCAUCCACUUCUUUUACCUCAGUGUCUUCUUCUGGAUGUUGACCCUGGGUCUCAUGCUUUUCUACCGCCUGGUCUUCAUCCUCCAUGACACAAGCAAGUCUAUCCAGAAGGCGAUUGCCUUCUCCCUGGGCUAUGGCUGCCCGCUGGUCAUCUCCAUCAUCACGGUGGGGGUCACCCAGCCAAAGGAUGUGUACAUGAGGAAAAAUGCCUGCUGGCUCAACUGGGAUGACACCAAGGCCCUCCUGGCUUUUGUGAUUCCUGCGCUGAUCAUUGUGGUCAUAAAUGUGACCAUAACGUUUGUGGUCAUCACCAAAAUCCUGAGGCCCUCCAUUGGAGACAAGCCAAGCAUUCAGGAAAAGAACAGUCUGUUUCAGAUCAGCAAGAGUAUUGGUGUCCUCACUCCCCUCCUAGGACUCACCUGGGGGUUUGGACUGGCCACCGUGUUCCAGGGAAGCAGUGCUGUGUUCCACAUUGUAUUCACCCUACUGAAUGCCUUCCAAGGAUUAUUCAUUUUGUUGUUUGGAUGCCUCUGGGACAAGAAGGUACAGGAAGCUCUGCUGCAUAAAUUCUCCCUAUCCAGAUGGUCUUCACAGCACACAAAGUCGACAUCUCUGGCUUCAUCCACUCCUGUUUUUUCCAUGAGUUCUCCAAUAUCGAGAAGAUUUAACAAUUUGUUUGGUAAAACAGGAACAUACAACGUGUCGACCCCAGAAACAACCAGCUCAUCCGUGGAAAACUCAUCCAGUGCUUAUUCUUUGCUUAACUGAAAACAGAAAACCAGAUUUGGAUGACUUCUGGGAACGGUGGACUUCACUCAUUGACAAGCUCCAGAACAGGAGACACCUAUAAAACAGCCAUCCCAUUUGUAAAGCAUCCUCUCCCUCAAGGCCUUAAGGCACAGACUUUUGCACUAGGGAAGAGGUCACACUAAAUCGUGUAAAGACUUUGACUUCAAGUGGCUUUGUUGUUUACUUUUGACUUUUUUCUUCUUUGUAAUGAUCCCCAAUGUGUACAGUAUUUAAGUGAUCGCAUAUGUCUCCCCAAACCUUGCUUCUUCUCUGGCUUGAAUGUGAAUCAAGGCCUUGCAGAGACAUUGUCAUGAUUCCCAGUUUGGGCCCAAUGCUCAGUUUUGCUUAAAAUAAUAGGGACUAAAGGGUUAACACACACACACACACAAAAGUGUGGCCUUGAUUUUUUUUCUUCAAAAAUGACAGAUUUAUAUUCCACUAAUAAUUGUCCAAGGUAGGCUAGUCAUACUCUGCAAACAGUGGAAAUACAGAAAGACCAGAAGUUGAAAACUGAAAGUUAGCCUCCGUAAAGCUAUUCCAAAUCAGUGGCUGGUGCAAUCUGAGUAAAGCACAGAAAAACGAUGAAGAAGCAGGAAAGGUAGAAAGGAAAUUACAUUGUAAAAAUCUUUUCAUUUGGAAUAUCUCAUUUACUAGAAAAAACAGAAGAAAUUUAUGACUCCCCCAAUAGCCUUAUCCUUAUGUUUUGAGGUUUUAGCUAUGAAGAGAAAAGGCAAGGAAACUGGGACAUUAUUCUUUUGUAGACCCAAGCACAGAGCUAUAACUAAGGCACAGUGACUAAAGCUUUGUCCCAAGGUGAGAAAUUUAGAGGAUACCUAUGGCACCAUCCAUCUCAUGACAUGUUUCCCUACCCUCUUUCAUGACCCCACUCCCGAGGUUGUAGUUUCUUGCCCUUCCUCUCAUUUCAGCAGCUUAGAAAUCUUGUAAUUUCCUUCCUUUAGGGGCUGUAGUCCAGGUAAGCCUACCCCAUUCCCACUUGUCCCAGGUACAGAAAUAACUAGUUAUAGUUCAGCCCAAGCAAAAACUAAUUAUAGGUCGAAUUAAAUAGAGCUUGUAAGACAAGUCAGAUUGUUAAGAUUGCUCAUUGAGACCUCUCUUUGAAAUGUGUCCCAAUGAUCUGGACUCUUCUAAUUUCUAAAUUAUAUCUAUUGCACUGGAAAUAAAUUCAUACUCUAAUUAUUUAAGAGCUUUAGCCAGGUACUUCUCUGUGCAUUAUAUAGUCCCUUCCUUGCUAUCUGUAUGUAGUAGGUUUUCAUAUGUUACUGCUCUUUAGAUGAUGAUGAUGAUGAUGAUGAAUGAUAUAGGUAACUUUCUCUUGGUGUAUUCCACAUUCUCUCCCCUAGACCUCUCACUCACAGACUGGUUUCCAUUAAGAUAUUUCAUGUGGUUCAGGCUGACUAUGUUCAACCCCUUAGAAAAUCUUCCACAAGAGGUUUUAUUUAUAGCCGGCUUCUCUGUGCUCCUAAUGACACUUCUGCUUGGUGAACAGAUGAUGGAGCCUUUCCUAAGGUUUAGGGAAUAUUCUUCUCCCAGUUUAACUCCAUUUUGAUGAUUAUCAUCAUCCAUAAAUAUUUAUUGAUACUCUUGGCAUUUUGCUAGGCACAAUGUCUAUAUAGAUUACUUAAAGGCCCUACCCUCAUUCUCUAAGAAGACUAGACAGAUAAGUAUAGAUUGUUCUCUUUUUAUAUUUCAACUUUCCUUCCUUUUCUAAUUUUGUUUUGGCCUUUCUUUUCAUCUCCUCCCCUUUUAUUUCUAUAUUUUCUCAUAAGGCCUGGAGAUGGAACAAGGAAGCUGCUAAAUUAUGCUUAGUAUUAGGUGAGCUCCUUAUUUUUAUCCACUCACAAAAAAAGCAGAAAUUGACCUCCAAGUACACCUAAGAGUUGCCCAAUAGAUGGUCCAACUGAGGAUUCCAUGGCUAAGCGUCCAUUCAGAGCAGUGACUUUGGAGUCAGAGAACCUUAGCUCCAAUCCUGCCUGUGACAUUACUUAUGUGACUUGGAGUACCCAGACCUCUGUUUACUCGUCUGUAAAAUAAAGGAGUUGGACUAGAUGCCUUUGAGGUUCCUUCAAGUUCUAGAUGAAGUUCUAGAUCUACUGUGUAAUCCUAUAAUAAAUUAAAGCAGCCUAAGAGGUCUGGAUAGCCUGAGCUGACAGGGAAGUUUUCACUGUUUUCACUAUUUAGAGUUGGAUAGCACCUUAUAAGUCACCUAGGUUAGCCUCCUUGUUUUGAAUAUUAAAAGAUGGAGGCCUUGGAGAGGUUUACUGGUGUCCCCAAGUUCACACAGGUAGUAUUUCUGUGCCCCAAGGCUGAGAAGGCUUUGAAGGGCUCUAGAAUAAAGGAUGCUUAACAAGGAGA